UGGAAUUUUUAACCUAAAAAUUGUGCCAUUGACACAGCUUGAACCAAAUUUUACCGAAUAAAAUUAAAUUUUAUUUCAUUCGUCUUUAAUAUUUUGAAUGGAUUUUUAUUUUGUGCGAAUUCCAAAAAUCUAAAAUGAUUCGCAUUAAUUAAUCAAAAUCGUAAUGAGCGGUUACUUUUAUUUAGAUGUUUUAUUGAAAUUGGCAAGUGAAGCAGAAAAUCCAUUACCAGUUUAUGUGAAAGGCUGUAUUGAACAAUCGUUGCACCGAAUAUUUGGCGAAAUUGGCGGUCAUACAACAGUUGAUGUGCUGAAAUUUGAUGAAAAACGACAUCGUUUGAUUCUACGAGUUCCCGAAGAAUUUUACGUUAAACUAAGAGCCGCACUAACCCUCAUCGAUAAAUUUCAAGGCAUUCCCUGUUAUUUUCACGUUCAAAGCGCAUCACGCGUACUAAUUUCUCUGGUGGACACAUUUUGAAUUGCAACAAAGAAAGUCAUGUCGUUUUGC